UAUAGCUACUUCACACCAUUAAUAGUUUUCCAUCCCUCUUAAUUUUUUCUCACUUCACAAUUCUGGUGAUAUACUCAAUUUCCAUGGCUUCCAACACUAACGUAGUAGCAGUUGAUAUGACCCCUUUUUUCGUCCUAUACAAAAAUGGCACCAUCAAUCGACUCCGUCCAGCAGACAAUGCUCCGCUUUCCGACGAUCCACAAGCCCUUGUCCGAUCCAAGGAUGUUGUAGUUCACCCGGAAACAGGGGUUUCCGUACGGAUAUUUCUCCCCAAAAUUACCGACCGGAAACAGAAAAUCCCCGUCGUGAUUUACAUUCACGGCGGGGCUUUCUGUAUGGGAUCAGCUCGUUCCUCCACAUUCCAUAAUUUCAUCAGCUCUGUAGUCGAAAAGGCCAAUUUCAUCGCUGUUUCAGUCGAUUAUAGACUUGCCCCGGAAAACCCUUUUGAUACUACCUACGAUGAUUCGUGGGCAGCAUUUCAAUGGAUAAUUUCACAUGCUAAUGGAAAAGGUCCAGAUUCAUGGCUAAAUGAUCACGCUGAUUUUGCAAAAUUGUUUAUUGGUGGAGAAAGUGCUGGCGCAAAUAUUGCUAACGACGUUGUCGUUAGAGCAGGGGUUACUGAUCUCGAUUCGAAAAUCAAAAUUUUGGGGCUUUAUUUGGUUCAUCCGUAUUUCGGGAUUGAAAAUGAUCAACUGUACAAGGCUUUGAAUCCGACAAGAAAUGGUGGAUGCUUUGAAGAUCCGAGGGUAAAUCCAUUGAUAGAUCCGAGGUUGAAAUCAAUGGCGUGUAAGAAGGCCAUGUUUUUCGUGGCGGAGAAGGAUCCUCUGAAAGAAGGGGCGAUGAAUUAUUAUGAGGGGUUGAAGAAGAGCGAGUGGAAUGGAGAAAUUGAGGUAAUGGAGACGAAAGGAGAAGGCCAUUGUUUCCAUUUCUUUAAUCCUAAGUCGGAGAAAGCUGCUGAUCUUGUGAAUAAACUAGUUGAUUUCUUGAAGCAAGAGUAGUAGGUUUGUUUUAAGGUUAUUUUGCCUGAAUUCUACUGGAGUACUUUUUUACUUAUAUUUAAAUAACAUGAUGAUUUUGUGGUUCUU